AUGACCUCGUCAAGCGUGAGUUCUGCUCCGAAGUGGCUCCACGAACUUGCCGAACCACCGGUCUCCACCGAAGAGCUCCCCCCUUGGGUUUUCUACGUUGACCACUACUCUGCUCAUACAUCUGUCCCAUUGCCGAAGGCGCAGGACUUCCGGGCAUUGCCAAGCACAUUUCGCUCAGUAAUUCACCCCAGUGAUCAUCGCACGCGACUACCGCUGUGGCUCGUUGACCUAUGGCGACAAUUGCGCGACAUUGACACGCACCGGCGCAACAUCGUGUCUGGACUACAUUGGCUGCACAGAUUCCAAGAACAGAAUGACCUCGACUACAACAUUUUUGGAGAAGCCAUCUGGCCCAUCUUCCUGCGCCCGGCUUUGUUGCAUCCAUGGUGCGAUAUUUUCACAUCCCUCAUUACCGACCACCGCGACAUCAACGACGAGGUCAUGGAUGCGGCAACAGCGGUCGCGAAAUUCAAAGCUGACGCUCUGGGUGGAACACAACAUUAUUACUCCUCCCUCAUUUCCCAGCUCCAGCCCGUGGAUCUUGUCGACCUGUUCAGCAAACGCGCGGCUCAAGGUGACUUUACCGUGGACAGUAUCAUCUACAUCCCAUGGAUUCUAGGCGACCACUGGAUCUUCGCCAUCAUCAACAUCCCCGGUCGUGAUAUAUGCAUCGGUGACACCACUCACCAGAGCGACCAUGAUGGCCAGCUUGAAGUCGCCAAGCGAACGAUGAGCCGAAUCGCUCAUGCGGUAGAAGCGUCGGUCAGCCAGACUCGCACGGACUGGUAUGUCCAGGAAUACAAGUUUCGCUGUGGGAUUCAGGACACCCCCUUCCCUUCCGGUGUUGCCAUUGCCGUGACUCUGGUGGGGGCUGUGGUUGAUGAGGCGAAGCCAAUGUCAUCCGAACACGAGGAUUCACACCGGAUCGCUGUAUUCUUCGAGAUCCUAGAAAACCUCCCCACAAAACAUGUCGAUCCCAACAGCUACCAGAAGAGUGUUUGGGAGUUGGAAGACGACCGUGAUGUUUCGUCAUUACCGCCCUCUACUGGCGUUGCCCCCCCCCGGUUGCCGGUCCUUACCGAACCACUCACAGUCCCCUCGACGUGUCCAGCAUCACCACCGAGUCGGUCCGCUUCACCACCGGCGUUCACUCGCCAACUGGCACGUCCGCGGACGCUGGACUCCCACCCAACGGCAGUGAAUGCGGCAACCCCACCACCUGCCUUCGUGCGGGCAGUUGCCCGUCCGGUCUCCCCUUCCUCCUCGUCCCCACCAGCAUUCGCACGGAGGCUCUCUACCUGGUCCUCUUCACCACCGGCGUUCACCCGCCAACUUGCGCAUCCGCCAACGCCUGACUCCCGCUUGACGGCAGUGAAUGCACCACCGACGCGGUCGCCUUCACCUCCUGUGUUCACCUGCCAGCUCGCACGUCCGCCAACACCGGAAUGCCGCCAAUCGGUAUUGAAUGGGAAAACUUCACCACCGGCCUUCGUGCGGGCAGUUGCCCGUCCCUCCUCCCCUCCCUCCUCCACACCGGCAUUCACUCGGGGGCUCGCUCUCCCAUCCUCGUCCUCGACCAAUCCGCAGACGUGGAAGUGUCAACUCCGCGAAGAGUCAACAGUGAUGAGGGCGAGUGAGCGAGCUCGUGCAAGCACGAGAUCGCUCGCACGUGCGGCGCUGGCGAAGGCGAAGGGAGUCGAAGUCGUGGGCGAGAGCGUGGGCGAGAGCGUGGGCGUGGGCGUGGGCGAAGUCGAAGUCGAAGGCGAAGGUGAAGGCGAAGGCGAGACGAGGUGA